CGGCGGCGGCGAUUGGGGCUGUCCGAGCGCUCCAGGCCGAGGCGGCACCGCCGGGCCCAGGCCGUCGCAGCGGGGCACCCGCUCAGCCGGCCCCUCGCCGAUCGCCACUGCCGUGGAGGAGGCGGCGGGCGGAGCUGGGCCCGGCCCUGAGGGACGCGAGUCCUCCCGGCGCAGAGAAGCCUGCCCCGCCGCUCGGUAAAAAGCCCCUCGGCCCUGCCGGUACCGCGGCCUCCGGUACCUUGCUGGAGUGCGCGGGUUAAGGCUGCGGGGCCUCCUCUGCAGCAGAGAGGGAGGCCCGGCCCGGCGCUCCCUGUGAGGGGGAAAGAGAAAAGCCCCGUCUCCUCGGCCGGCAGUCGUUCUUUGUCGGUCUCUGCUGCCCCCGAUUCUCUUCGGAAUCUUCCUACCCUCGCCUCUGCUUCCCCCAAGCUGCCUCCCGUCUUCUCCUGGCUGGAUAUCUCGGUUCUGGAGUAGCGUCGGUGGGACCGGCCGAGGUGAAAGCGGGUGAACAGCUAACGCGGAGGAAACAACAGGUCUCCGUUCUCCUCGCCUUCCCAGCAAACACCAGCGCCUCGCUCUUGGGAUUAUAAAUGUUUGAACUAAGACCCAGGAAACUGAAAGGAGAGCCUCCCGUUGGAAUUCACAUAAGAGAAAAGAAGGGAGGCUUUUCUAAAUCCUUUACGAGUAGGCUUGUGCCGUUUUCCUGUGCUGUCCGUACUCUGUUUAAUAAUGCGAUUGUGACCUGCGUGGAAUUUACGAGCGAUGAACUAUUGAAGCUUCUUGCACCACUGCACCAGACUGCAUUCUUUUUUUCCUCAGCACAUGAUUCCCCCAUCCCAGCUGUUGCAGGACCUGUGGGCCAGUAAUAGAAGGAUGGGAAGCUGAGACAGUUUAUUUUCGCAUUCUUCUGUUCUGGAGACUUGGCAAGUUAGCUGGAGCUGCUGCUGUUUUUUACUGGAUCUGCUCUUUUCUUGACAGGUUUAUUUGUUUUCAUGUGCACGAGGCGUUUCAAUUAAAUAGACAUUGGACUAGAGCUGAAUGGAUGCUUUGCAAUCCGAAGGGUUUUGCGGGAUAACAAGGAACUACUAAAAACAGAGAAGAGCUGGUACUGCCGAAAACCUGGGGUCUGUUUUCCAAGCCUUUUCGUUUUAUUGAGCAAGGUUUGUGAUGUUGAGAGAGGCUGCCUGAAGAACUUCAGAAGUCUUAGUGUUUCAAUGAUGUGUGAGGUGAUGCCAACCAUCAGUGAGGCAGAGAUUCCCUCUGGGGGAAAUGGAGGCCAUGGGUCAGGUUCCCCGUUACAGUCAGAUGCUGAUUCCCAUUUUGAGCAAUUAAUGGUAUCCAUGUUGGAAGAAAGGGAUCGCCUUCUGGAAACACUAAGAGAAACUCAGGAGACGCUAGCAUUGACCCAGGGCAAGCUACAUGAAGUUGGUCAUGAGAGAGAUUCUUUGCAGAGACAGCUCAAUACUGCACUUCCACAGGAAUUUGCAGCACUUACAAAAGAGCUAAAUGUAUGCAGGGAGCAGCUGCUUGAAAGGGAAGAAGAAAUCGCUGAACUGAAAGCAGAAAGAAAUAAUACAAGGCUACUACUGGAACAUUUGGAAUGUCUUGUCUCCAGGCAUGAGCGGUCUCUCAGAAUGACUGUUGUAAAGAGACAAGCUCAGUCUCCAGCAGGAGUUUCUAGUGAAGUAGAAGUUCUCAAAGCACUAAAAUCCUUAUUUGAGCACCAUAAAGCCCUUGAUGAAAAGGUAAGGGAGAGGUUACGAGUAGCACUUGAAAGAUGUAGCUUAUUGGAAGAAGAACUGGGUACUACGCAUAAAGAGUUAAUGAUUCUGAAAGAGCAAAAUAAUCAGAAGAAAGCAAUUCCAGAUGGGAUGCUGGAUAUAAAUCACGAACAAGAAAAUACACCAACUACAAAUGGGAAGCGAUCCUCUGAUGGCUCUUUAUGCCAUGAUGAAAACCUCACUAAAGUGAUUGAACUCCAAGACAUCAUAGAUAAGCAAAACAAAGAGCAGGCACAAAUGAAAGAACGCCUUACUGCCUUGUCUAGCAGAGUGACAGAGCUGGAAGAAGAUCUUGACACAGCUAGGAAAGACUUAAUAAAAUCUGAAGAAAUGAAUACAAAGUUACAGAGAGAUGUACGAGAGACCCUGGCCCAAAAAGAGGACAUGGAAGAGAGAAUCACAACUCUUGAGAAACGCUACCUCGCUGCACAACGUGAAGCUACAUCUGUGCAUGACCUCAAUGACAAACUUGAAAAUGAAAUUGCCACUAAAGACUCCAUGCAUCGACAGAGUGAAGAUAAGAAUAGGCAGUUGCAGGAACGGCUGGAACUAGCAGAGCAAAAGCUGCAGCAGACUUUGAGGAAAGCUGAAACGUUGCCAGAGGUGGAAGCAGAGCUGGCACAGAGAGUUGCAGCGCUUUCAAAGGCUGAGGAGAGACAUGGCAAUAUAGAAGAACGACUGAGACAGAUGGAAGCACAGCUAGAAGAAAAGAAUCAAGAGCUGCAAAGGGCUAGACAGAGAGAGAAGAUGAACGAAGAGCAUAAUAAACGUUUGUCAGAAACUGUUGAUAAGCUUCUGUCUGAAUCUAAUGAAAGGCUUCAGCUUCAUCUCAAGGAGAGGAUGGCUGCCUUGGAAGAUAAGAAUUCACUUAUUCGAGAAAUUGAAAAUGCAAAAAAACAAAUAGAGGAACUUCAGCAUGAAAAGGAUCAACUUGUAUUAAAUGUUGAAGCAUUAAGGGCUGAAAAUGACCAAGUGAGACUCAGAGCCACAACACUUCAUCACGGUCGACCAGAUUUCAGAUACCCUAUGACAUCUUCAUCUGUGGCUGACAGUCAUACAGACUCCUAUGGCACCUCAUCAGUGUUAAGACGUCCCCAGAAAGGACGUUUGGCAGCUCUCAGAGAUGAACCCUCAAAGGUUCAAACUCUGAAUGAGCAGGACUGGGAGCGAGCCCAGCAAGCAAGUGUAUUGGCAAAUGUGGCACAAGCAUUUGAAAGUGAUGUUGAUGUGUCAGAUGUUGAGGAUGAUAGGGAGACUAUAUUCAGUUCAGUCGAUCUGCUGUCACCAAGUGGUCAGGCUGAUGCUCAGACUUUGGCCAUGAUGCUUCAAGAACAGUUGGAUGCAAUCAACAAAGAGAUUAGACUUAUACAAGAAGAAAAAGAAAACACAGAGCAGCGUGCAGAGGAGAUUGAAAGCAGAGUGGGUAGUGGAAGUUUGGAUGCCCAUGGCCGAUUCCGGUCUAUGAGCUCCAUUCCUCCUCCCUAUGCAAGUGGUUCACUUGCUGGUUCUUCCCCGCCUGGCAGUGGCCGCUCCACGCCAAGGCGGAUUCCACAUAGUCCAGCUCGGGAAGUGGACAGACUAGGUAUAAUGACACUGCCUAGUGAUUUAAGGAAGCACCGUAGAAAGUCUCCAGCUUCUAGAGAAGAGGUACGAGAUGAUAAAACCACAAUAAAAUGUGAAACAUCGCCACCUUCUUCACCUCGAUCUUUGCAUUUGGACAGAGUCCAAAAAGGAGCUUUGCAUACAGUGAGCCACGAAGAUAUCAGGGACAUAAGAAAUUCAACAGGCUCACAAGAUGGUCAAACAAGUAAUCCUAGUAGCAGUAAUAGUAGCCAAGAUUCCCUUCAUAAAGCCCCCAAAAAGAAGGGGAUAAAAUCCUCUAUCGGCCGCUUAUUUGGCAAGAAAGAAAAGGGACGACCUGGACACCCAGGCAAGGAAGCACUAGGACAAGGUGGCAUGGCAGAAGCAGAUAGUUCCUCUCAGGAUGCAUUAGGUCUCAGCAAGCUCGGAGGUCAGGCAGAAAAAAACAGGAAAAUGCAGAAAAAGCAUGAGUUGCUAGAGGAAGCCAGAAGACAAGGUUUGCCUUUUGCUCAGUGGGAUGGGCCUACUGUGGUUGUGUGGUUGGAGCUGUGGGUUGGGAUGCCAGCCUGGUAUGUGGCUGCUUGCCGAGCAAAUGUGAAAAGCGGUGCUAUCAUGUCAGCCUUGUCUGAUACAGAAAUACAGCGUGAAAUUGGAAUCAGUAAUCCUCUGCACAGACUGAAGCUGAGGCUGGCUAUUCAAGAAAUCAUGUCACUGACAAGUCCAUCUGCUCCUCCCACCUCAAGAACGACCACGGGAAAUGUCUGGGUAACACAUGAAGAAAUGGAAAAUCUUACAGCCACACAACAAACGGAAGAUGAGGAGGGAAGCUGGGCUCAGACGUUAGCAUAUGGUGAUAUGAACCAUGAGUGGAUUGGCAAUGAAUGGCUCCCCAGUCUGGGGCUCCCUCAGUAUCGCAGCUAUUUCAUGGAAUGUCUCGUUGAUGCUCGAAUGCUGGACCAUUUAACUAAAAAAGAUCUGCGCGGGCAACUUAAAAUGGUGGACAGCUUUCACAGAAACAGUUUUCAGUGUGGAAUUAUGUGCCUCCGAAGACUGAAUUAUGAUCGAAAAGAACUUGAAAGAAAAAGAGAAGAAAGCCAGAAUGAAAUUAAAGAUGUCCUUGUCUGGAGCAAUGAAAGGAUGAUCCAUUGGGUAGCGUCCAUUGGUCUUAAAGAAUACGCGAAUAACCUUAUAGAGAGCGGAGUUCAUGGUGCACUUGUGGCCUUAGAUGAAUCAUUUGAUUACAAUGCAUUAGCUCUCUUAUUACAAAUACCCACUCAAAACACACAGGCUCGUGCUGUUCUGGAGAGGGAAUUUAAUAACCUUCUUGCUAUGGGCACUGACAGAAGACUUGAUGAAGAUGAUGAUAAAAGCUUUAGGAGAGCACCUUCGUGGAGAAAGAAGUUUAGACCAAAGGACAUAAGAGGUUUAGCUGCUGGAUCAGCAGAGACUCUGCCUGCGAAUUUCAGAGUUACAACCUCAAUGUCUUCACCUUCUAUGCAGCCAAAGAAGAUGCAGAUUGAUGGCAGUGUAUCAGGAACACAAAGAUUGGAUUCUGCUACAGUAAGGACCUACUCCUGUUAAAGCCUUCUCCUGUUUACCCACACUAUUUCUACCGGUGAUAUGCAGCAUUUUGAACAUUUGGAACCCUUAACCUGUUAAUACUUGUUAAAUGGACACUUUGAGAUAUUUUAUUACAGAGUUUUUAAUUAGCAAAUAAAUUCAUGAGUACUAUAGAGAAAAUAUUUUAGAAUCUAAAUGUUUCUUAUAUUUAUGUGACUUCUCAUUUAUAUAGUUACUUACUUUUUCUGUUUCUAUUCAGUCUACAAAUCAAAUCAUUGCUGAUUUUUUUUAAUUCUAAUUUUAGUUUUUCCAACUGAAUGUACUGUAAUGCUUGUAUGUAUAUGUCCCUAUAAGUAAUAUAGGGGUUUUGUAAAUUAUGCAGUUAUUGUAAUUAUCAUUGUUUUUUAAUAAUGAAACUGAAGGUGAAAAGGAUUUUCAUACCUUUGUAAAAGUACCUUGACACCAAGCAGUAUAUAUUUUGUCUUUUGGAAAUGUUAGCUUAGAUCUGAAAACAAGCCCAGCUGUUUUUUCAGGUAAGCCUAAGUUGUAGAAGGUAUGGUACACGGUUGUUCUUCUUUUCAGACUGUACCUUUCCACAAAGAGGAUUUGUCAUGUAGUGGGAUUUUGUCUUUAUUUAAAAUAUAACUUGUUUUGAAAGCUGGGAAGAGCUAUAACACUAUGGAACAUGUUUUAGAAGUGAUUGACUUGGUCAUAACACUCUGCUGUAUUUGUAUAGCAUUACCUUCACAGUGACUGAAAACAAGCCAUAAACCAAGAACUGUUUGUAUUUUUUUUUUUUCCUUAACUGAGGAAGACAGACUUCAUAAUAAUUCCUGGUCGUUAUCCACAAGCAACAGUUUUUGUCCUUGAUCUUUUUGAUUGUGGAAAGAUGCUGGUGAAACUAGUUUUAAUGGACCAAUCAUGAAGCACUGCAGUCUUCUGUCAAAUGAGUGGUGAAAGAUGAAGGUACAAUGGGCUGAAAACUAAAGCAGUGCAACUUCUAAUAAAGGCCUUACUUUUCUUAUGUAAGUCAUCUUUUGUGUUUUGUAAACUUGUUCUAAAGAGUUUCCUGGACUUUAAUUUUGAUGGUUGUAGCCAUUUUGGACUGUAUGAGUAGAAAAUGUAUCUGACACUUGUAAAUGGCAUAUUAAAAAGCCAGCAAGAAUCUGUUCAGAUGGUGCAUUAUUUAUUAUGCAACGAUAUAUAUAGCAUGUCUUUUUUCUUAUUUUGUUUUCCACUUUUAACUUGCUUGUAAAACUGAAAUUCAUUGUUACUGUUCUGUUUUUCUAUUAAUCUUUUGUGUAUUUUCAGAUUAUGUAACAAUAUGUACAGUCUACUUUUGAACUAUUUUUAUCACAGUAUUAUUUAUUGCUUUCUUUCAAUAAAGUACUGAUGCAUUUUCCACUGCCAAUAAAACACUAUUGAAAAGCUAAGACCUAUUUGUAUGCAGGCAGAUACUUUUGCGGUGAGUGGAUGUUGUCAAUAAAGCAUCUUAAUGAUUGUUUGCUGCCCUGUACAUCUUGUUUCAAAUGAUGACUGUUCUCCAGUAGAAGGAUGUUCCAUUAGAUGUGACAUUUUCUUUGGAAUUGUUCACGUUCACAUGCGUUUGUCAGGUUUUGAAAACUGGUUUUCAGAAGAAAACUGCUUUAUUGCCUACUUCUACUUGUAGUAAGAAACAUAGGAGUCGAGGGAACCAAUAUAAAAUUGGAUCACAAUAGGGCUGUUAUGUCAAUUUUAAUAUAUUGUAAAAUAUUUCUUCUGUAGAAGAGAAGACAGAAGGAUAAGGUUGCAGAAUAAUCGAAGCAGUAGUGAAGCAUAUUUCAUCAUGUCCUCUAGAUCAACAGCAGGAUGUGGAAUGCAUGGAAUGGAGAAAUAUUGUGAUUGAUGCUUUAACCAUUGUUCAAUAACGCAUUUCUGUUUGUCUGGCUUGUUGCUGUCUGAUCAUUUGCAGUCUCUUUUAUAUUUUCAGAGAAUCUAUCUUUCUAGAAAAAGCUAAAAUGAAACUGCAGAAGGAGAUCCUGACUCAAUGUUCAGCUGAACUUCACUGUUUAGAAAAGAAUUGCAUAGACGUUUCUGGUCACUGAUGUGAUAGUUGGUGUUCAAAGUCAUGUAUUGUUGCUUCUCAAAAGUGAAAACAACGCGGACUAGACUUGUAAAAUGUGAAAAGAAAAUAUGUCUAUUAUUUUAAGGCUGUAAAACCUUAACUGUUAUGGAACAAUGGAAUUGACAUGAGAGCUAGAAUAAAUGAGUGAAACAGAAAAAGUUUUCACGAACUGGCAAAACUGUGUGGUGACUUCCUUCUGAGUUAUACAACGCAGCUAUCUCGGAGAAAUCAAGAAAAGCACUUCUCAAUGUUAAUAACUCCGCAUGGGAAGAAAAACAUGCAGGCGCAUGUGUAAAAGGCAUAUGAGUAUGUUACCGUGAUCUUUAAAUAAAGCUAAAUGUAACUUUGUAAAUUGCCAAAUAUCUUUGAAGGCUUUAG